GAGAAAGAGAGUGAGAGCGCAGGGAGCACUGGGGAGACGAGCGGGGCGAGCUAGUAAAGAGAAAGAGAGAGAGAAAGCAAGAGAGAGAGAGAGAGAGAGAGAGAGAAUGCAUGGUGUCAAGGUAACGCUUCCUUGCUUGUAUCCAGGGCCUUUGUGAAUACACCAUGGGAUGCAUCGGCUCCAGGAGACUCACGGCAGAUGGAGUGCCAGUACAGAAGGAUGGGGAACAGCUGUCUAUGGAAGACACCACGUCGAUCCUGCCUCGACUGAAGAGGAACUCCAACGCCUAUGGAAUCGGCGCUCUUGCUAAGUCCUCUCUGACAGGUGUGUCAGUUUCCCGCUCUAUGAAGGACAAGGUGACUAAGCCCACAGGGAUGGCCCAGGGUCGGGUGGCGCACAUGAUCGAGUGGCAGAACUGGGGCAUGCAGACUGUGGGCGCGGGAGGCGUGAUGCAGCCCCGCAUCUCCACCCAGGAGCGGGAGAACGAGAGGCGGUUGGAGAACGACGCCUACAGCGACCUCAGCGAUGGAGAGAAGGAAGCACGCUUUGCUGCAGGUAUCCUGCAGCAGUUUGCGAUCUCCCAGGCGACGCUCAUGGCCUGGACCUCCAUGGACGGGGAGAGCAUGAGGUCGGGAUCCAAUCAGGGCAGUGUGGCACACCUCAGCGAGGUCAACCAGGAGAGCGUCACCAGCCGAGACCAGAUCCUCCACCACUCCACCGCAGACGUGUGGCCGCAUACCUACGUCUCCCAGGGCCUCUAUUGCCUCUCCUCCUCCGACGCCUGGGAGCCAAUCAGCAACGAGCCCUCUGGUGUGGCUUCUCCCGCCGCCGGCUCCUACGCCAUGGCGGGCGGGGAGGGCUACGAGGCGAACACGGCCGCUCACUUCAUGACCCAGCAGCAGCAGCAGCACAGCCAGCUGCAACAGCUGCAACAGCUGCAGCAGAUCCAGCACUACCAGCAGCAACAGCUCCUGCAGUACCAGCAGCAACAGUCCCUAGAGCACAGGCUGCACAGUGCCAAUCACUCCUUGCAAGCCACGCCCAACAGCACCAUCCACAGUCUGGCCCCUCCCACUCAUCCGCCGUUGGUGGACCUUUGGGGGGCGGGACAGAUGGAGUCCUAUCCGAUGGAGGGAGGAGGGUUCAUGGGCGUGUCUGCGGUGGUGGAGCCCGGCUUAGCGGUCCAGUCUACGGUGGAGAUGGGGAACGAACACUCCCCUCUACUGGAACAACAGGAGGAUGACAUCAAGGAAGAGGAAGUGACACUGUGCAUGGAGCCGGAGUCCAUGACGCUGACCCCACCCACACGAGGAGACGAUUCCCCCGCUACUGGAGGCAGUAGUCCAGGGCAACCAACAGUAGAGCCAAUCACGGAAUGGAAGACCUCUGAUGUCACUUCCACCAUCGCUCAGACGUUAGAGGAGAAGAAAGAGGAGGAGGAGGGGUCAGCUGCUUCCAUGACAACCAACUGAGGGAUGGCGGGGUUAUGAGACUCCUGACAGACUGACCCUGGAGUCAGGAGAGACUGAGCGUAAUAAUCAAAUAUUUAUCAAUUAAUCUGUUCCUUUUCAGGUAUCGAACACGUAAUUUGUUUGGGUCAGGUAAUGACCUCUUAAUACUGCUGAGAGACAGUGGGGGACGAGGGAGCUGACUCACACAGAGACAACUGUUGGCGCGACAGAGAAUAUUCUUUUCUUUUGGAGCCUUACGUCCCCUGUGAGAUGGAUUAGGGGAUGAAGGGAGGACCGAGAGAAGAAAGGAGGGAUGUGGAGAUGAAGGAAGACAAGCACCAAAUGACGAUGCAUUAGGGAGAUAAAACGACAUGGGAAACAACGAGUAGGGGAAAUAAACAUGCAUGCUUUUUCAAAGACAGAUGUGACUAUGUCGUCGUCUUACAAUGAUUAUAAAAAUCCAUAGUAAAAACAUUAUAGUGAUAACAAUAAUUUUUCUAAUAAAGAAAAAAAAACAGGUCACAAAAAUGUAUGUAUAAGUGUAUGAUAAACAUAUAGGAAGGAAAACUUUUUUUUUUCAAUUUUGUCUCUUGUCGGAGAGAGCUACUCUGUUUACAGUCAAGAUUAUACACAUUCAGAAUGACAUCAUCAUAUUUACAUCCCCAUACCUUUAAAGAACAGCAACAUCCACCAAGUGUAGUUUACUCUUGGUUCUUUGAAACUCUGGCACCACAGCAUACAGUCUGCCAAACAAAGCAGAUAGCCCCUAAGGCCCCAAAAUCACUUAAGGUUGCGCCUCAAAUUUGAUCAUCCUGUAACAGGCCAAUUUAAUCUCGAUCUGGACCCUGCAAUCUCUCAAUUGUGUGAAAUAUCAGAUCAAUCCUCAUAAAGUCUGCUUGGUGAACCCCCCUGCUCUAUGAUGCUUUGGCACCCGGAUGCCCAAGGCAUGAAGCGGGCACUAACCUCCCUGUUGACUGCACACACAACACUGCACACACAGCACUGCACACACAGCACUGCACACACAGCACUGCACACACAGCACUGCACACACAGCACUGCACACAAAGCACUGCACAUACAGCACUGCACACACAGCACUGCACACACAGCACUGCACACAAAGCACUGCACA